AUGUCCGACGACGAAAACCUCUCCAUCUAUGACGAAAUCGAAAUCGAAGACAUGACCUUUGACGAAGCCCUCCAGCUAUACCACUACCCUUGCCCCUGCGGCGACCGCUUCCAGAUUGCCCUGGACGACCUACGCGACGAGCAGGACAUUGCAGUUUGUCCCAGUUGCAGCCUGAUGAUCCGCGUUAUUUUCGACCUGGACGAUUUACCGAAACCACCACCUUCUGGAAACGGAGCACAAGUUCCUAUCGCUGCUUAG